UACGGCUCGCGGUUUAAUGGCGUCAUUGAUUACGAUGGAAUGUUAUUCGUACCUGAUUUGUUUAGCUCUUUUUGCGUCAUUUACUUGUACUUUGCAAAUAACUUUUUAUAACUACGACCCUCUUCCGAUUAAUGGAACACACCCGCCCAACGAUCAACGUUGUCCAGAGAUAUGUAACUGCACAUAUCGUGCAAAAAAAGGAUCACCAAUCGUAGAAUACGGUCUACAUAUUGUAAAUUGUUCACAUCGGCUGUUAUCAAAAAUUCCUUUAAAGAACACGGUACCAACUGAUGUUUUUUAUUAUUUCUUGGGAUACAAUAACAUUGCAUCACUGAAGAACAAUUCAUUUAACACAUUACCCGUAGAAUUUCUGCAUCUUCAAAAUAACCAGCUAGUGUACAAAUAUAUUGAAUUCGAUGCAUUCAGGGGAUUGAGAAAACUGAGAUAUCUCUCGAUGGCUAAUAACAAGAACCUCAGUCAACUUCGAGCAGCAUGGUUCGUGGACCUUGUAUCGCUUGAACUAUUGCAUCUAAAAUUCUGCCGAAUUACCACAUUAGACAGUGAUGUCUUUAAGCAUUGUAAACAGUUGAAAAAAGUUGAUCUUUCUGACAAUUCCAUUGUGUCAUUCCCAACAAACGUUUUUCAAAAUUUGUCUGCACUUAUGUACCUAUAUCUUUACGAUAAUAAUUUGAGCCAACUCCCGAAUCAAGCAUUUGUCCGUUCCAGUAGUAUACAUACAAUAACUCUUGAUAACAAUUUCCUCCCUACAAUUAAAGAAACUGUUGGUUUUCAAAACCUGAGCCAAUUGCAGAUACUUAGUGUAUCAUACAACAGAUUCUCGUGUGAUUGUAAUUUAGUUUGGUUUAGAAAUUGGAUAAACAAUACGAAUGUCACAUUUAAAGACAUUGGGCGUACAAAAUGUUUCCGUAGACAUGGACAAAGCAAGGUAUACAUCAAACUGCUGGAUUUUGAUCCUGAUACAUUGCAGUGUAGCAAAUUAAUUAAGAUCUUAAGAAUUACCAUUCCAUCUGUUUCAGCUGUAGUUGCCAUUGUAAUAAUUGGAUCUCUUCUGUACUACUUCAGAUAUGAUUUAAGGUACUGGAAUCAACGACGACGUCUUAGAAAGCAAUAUGAAAAAAUCAACAAUCAGGGACCACCACCAAUUAAUGGAGAAAACAUUAAAUAUGACGCGUUUGUGUCCUACAACAGCAACGACCAACAUUGGAUCAUUUCUGUAUUACAACCAUCGUUGGAAAUCGAUCGCAAUUUCAAACUGUGUGUUGACUACCGCGACUUCAUUGCGGGAGAAGCAGUUGUAGAUAAUAUUGCGAAUGCUGUUAAAUACAGCCGUAAAGUGCUGUUGGUUGUCUCCAAAAACUUCAUCAGAAGUGAAUGGUGUUACUUCGAACUGGAGAUGGCACGCAUGCGCAUGUUCGACAAUCAUGAGGAUAUUCUGGUUGUGGUUGUACUUGAGAAGGUGUCAGCGAAAGAUAUGCCGAUCCUAUUGCAUAAGAUACUGACCACGAAAACGUACAUUGAGUGGGAAGAACAUCCCGAGGGACAGGCAUUGUUCUGGGCUAAGCUGGAAGCAGCACUCAUGUCACCAAAUUGCCCAAAAUACAGACUUUUAAAUAAUCCUCAAGAAUGAAUAGAAUUAAAUACUUACGUAACUAACUAUGUCACGGUAACAAUUUUAUUUCAAGCCAAUUGUUUAGUGUACAUGUAGUAUUUUUCUCUUUGAAUGCUUUUAGAGAUGAUGUAAUUAUAAUGUGUUACGGUAUAUAUUGUACUUACUUACUACAUAUCUUGUCAAAGGAAAAGCUCUAUGUUCUGUUUUAUCAACAGCUGACAUAGGGAAUCUGGAGUUCUACGUGCCAUUAUGUAGAGUUUUCUAGACUCGAUAAACAAUAUUGGA